AAACAAAAGCUAGCGUCGAUUGCGCUUCACGGUUCAAAGCUAUCAGUGAGUUCGAUUCGUAAGGAUCAAUUCCAGUGGAAGUGAAUCUUUCUAGUCUGUUCAGUGCUUCGAAAGUGACUAUUUUUUAAGUUCUUCAUCAGAAUUCAACUGACUAAACAGUAUUAAAGAUGGCCUAUCGAUACGCUUGCGUGCUCUUGACUGUUGCGCUAUGCGCCACCCCUGCCCUGUCUUUCUCGGCGGGUGCUCCUGAUGGCGCCUGCGGAGACAUGAUCCCGCAGCAUCACACUGACCCGCAGAAAUCGGCAGCCCCAUACAAGAUCCUACUCACCAAGAAGCAAAUCAAAUCCGGCGAAGGCGUAACCGUCACCGUACAAGGAAACACCCCGAAGGAUACCAUCAAGGGUCUGCUGUGCCAGGCUCGCGUCGGAGAAACCCCCGUAGGAUCAUUCGACGUUCCGCCAAACAACAGCAUCACCCAAACCCUGGACUGCGGUAACGCUAAGAAGUCGGCCGUCACCCACAAGAAGAUCAUCGAUGCACCAAACAAAAUUUCCUUCAACUGGGUCGCCCCACGUGGACUUAGUGAGAACGUCAAGAUGACCUGCACCAUUGCCCUGAACGGAGGCGUCUUCUGGGUCAAGGAGCAGUCCGAUAGCCUGAAGGUCAAUUAAGUAGCGUUAUAAUGAUAAAUGUGACCAAAAAUCUGCGAUUUUUUUUAACAGUGGUUGAACUAAAAUCUGGCUAGAACAGACUGUGACGUUCACUUCCAACCAACAUAAUUUUAAGUACAAUCAAUGUUUGUUAUAAGACCGCUUUUGUGUUAUUGACAAUAAAUUUGUGUUCUGUGUAAA